AUGUGGCAGACGAACUGGGUAGCACGCCCAGCGAGCGGCUUUGGAGCUACCAGGGCGUUGCCGUCACGCCACGCACAGCUAGCUUGUUCGGCAACCGCGUCGCCGUGCCGCACGAAGAACCGAACAGGUCCCGGGUUGGCGAAGCUGCGGCUCGCUAACGGCCAGCGGCACACAUACAGAAACGCACUAUGUUCCUGCGCUUCAUCUGGGCCCGAAUCCGGCAGUGAUCAAAAGCUGCCACCUCAAACCAAGCUUAGCGCACUGCUCGAGCAAGCAGAGGAACUCGGCUUGGAUACUGCGGGCCCUCCGCUCCUGCCGGAGCUUGUUCGACAUUUCUUGGACAUUGAGCCUCGCGUCUGGCGUCGAGGACAGUCGCUUCGAGAUCGUUUACGGGAACACUGCAUAUUCCCUGGUAUGCCGAUUCCGGAAGACGUGGAUCUCAGUGAUACGCUGGGCGCGAGAGACCCAUCAGCAGCACCCGCGGAAAGAAAAUUCGACUACAACCUCUUUUUGAACUGGCUCGGCUUUCGGGACAGAGACGAGGCGGUUGCAUACAUGGACGAACGCCGUCUGUAUCGAAAACGCGUCCGCCGGUUCAAACGGCGGCUCGGCUUCGUGCUAAUGCUACUCGCCGUGACAGGGCAUGCGGGAAGCCUGCUGCGGGCUGCGAGCCGCACACCCGGCGGAUACGCUAUAGCCCUGACGAUUGGUGCCACACUGGACGCAUUUCUGGUGACGGGGUGUAUCAUGGUAGCGAUACCGGUCGUGUUGCUCGCGUGGGAUUUUCUGAGCGCCCCAGUGGCGCGGCGCUUUGAUCCGCGGCGUCUACCAGGAUACCGCGCAAGCGAUGCAGUGCGGCGACUCCUCUUGAUGUAUGCUUUCAUGGUCUGGCCACUGCUCGGUUCAGCAGCCGCAAUCGGUAAUGCAUGCACAUUCGUGCACGACCCCGUCAUUCUCACCUCAUCGUGGAUACAAGGAGGCUUAACCGAAAUCGGUAUCUUUUGGCUGCUUGUGGGUAUUUCGGCGCGGGCAGCGGCCAUUCCGGCGCUGUGGCAAUGGCCAGACCUGAAUCAGGAGGUACGCAUCAUGGCCAGCGGUCGCCAGAAUCGACUAGUGCACGCGUUCUGUCUCUGGCGCUGGCUCGUCACGGCAUCAUGUCUGUGGGCAAUACUCUUGCGUUGCAGUGCUCUUGUGCGCCCUCGUACAGGACUCGUAGCCAUGCAGUAUCCGUGUUGCUGGGGCCUCACACUGCUGGCAAGGCAUCGCCCAUUGUGGUUGGGUGCAUGGCUGGAACAGGGGCUUCACCAGAUCGUCUUGGUGGUAGCGGCAUGUACCAUUGUCGCUUAUCUCUGCUACGCCCUCUAUUACUUGAAUUUUGUGGUUCCCAAAAUGCCGGAUCUGGACCACCCCAAAAUCGACGAUCCAGACGAUCUGCUUUCGAUGGAUCCGCUGAACAGGGUCCUGGCAGAGUGCUCGCCGCCGGGCGCAAGGCAACGCUUCUCGCCGAUUCGGGCACUGCUCGUGCGAUUGCGGCUCAUUGAUGACGAUAGCCCCGAGAAAGAAUACAGCCCGUUCGGAGAGGGGCUUGUUGAACGGCCAAGCAAUCGGUCUGCCCUCUGUCGACUGGCGUCUGAUCCGAUCAUUCUCGAUGAUGACGAUGAGCUUCUACGUGCUCUGGACGCGCUGCAACCCAACUCCUACGUGAAUCGUCUUCUAGACGCCGAGAAGAGAGCUUAUGAGCAGGCGGGCCGCCCGAUAGACUCGCUUUUCAAACCGCGCUGGGAAUGGCUUCAGGUUUCCGAAGAGGAGGCACGAGCGUUGACCAAACGUAUUCGCGCGCCGCCCCCGCCACCGGACCAACGUCCACUGGUUGAGCUCGUCGAGAGCGAUCCAUUCGAGCAGGCAACGGAGUCUGCGACUCUAGAGCCAAGUUUUCUCGACGGGGCCGGUAGCGGAAUACGUCAGCGAGACUCCCCAGCCGAUCCUGAGUCGGACACCGAAAGUGACAGAGACGAUGAUGGCGAGAGCGGGCCAGCUAGAUCUGAUAUUUACCACGCCUAG